AAAACAGAAUAAAAAAAAAUACUAUAAAUAAACCCAAACUUAAAUAAACCAAAUGUUGUUCCUCCUCCUAAAUAGCGAAGCCACAGCACUAAAGUUCCUUCCAUCCGCAGAGGCGACGUGUGGGGAGCAUGAACGACGUCUUCUGCACGACUUGCUAGACAAUUACAAUCAGCUGGAGAGACCUGUUGGGAACGAGAGUGAGCCAGUGGUGGUGUCCUUUGGUAUAACACUCCAGCAGAUUAUAGACGUGGAUGAGAAGAAUCAGCUCCUAAUAACAAACACAUGGUUAAAAUUGGAAUGGAACGACGUAAACCUACGGUGGAACGAGAGUGAUUAUGGAGGAAUUAAGGAUCUAAGAAUUCCGCCUUAUAAGAUUUGGAAACCCGAUGUAUUGAUGUACAACAGCGCGGAUGAGGGUUUCGAUGGCACCUACCAGACCAAAGUGGUGGUUUCUUCCGACGGCACCUGCCUCUAUAUACCACCUGGCAUCUUCAAGUCCACCUGCAAAAUAGAUAUCACCUGGUUCCCCUUUGACGACCAAAGGUGCAAGAUGAAAUUUGGCUCAUGGACCUACUCUGGAUGGCAGCUGGAUCUUCAACUGCAGUCAGAGGAUGGAGGUGACCUUAGUGACUUUAUCAAGAAUGGCGAAUGGGACCUUAUUGGUUGUCCUGGGAAAAGAAACGCCAUAUACUACAAAUGUUGUCCUGAACCGUAUGUAGAUGUAACUUUCGAAAUAGUGAUACGGAGGCGAACGUUAUAUUAUUUCUGCAACCUUAUACUUCCCUGUGUGCUGAUUGCAUCUAUGGCUGUUCUUGGGUUUACGCUGCCCCCAGACUGCGGCGAGAAGCUGUCCCUAGGUAACGAAUUAUUUUGAUACCCUUGAGAGGUUUUCACUUGCUGUUAUGAUACUAGGUCUUGAAUUUACCUUUAUGAGUUUUCCCUAAUCCUUUUUUGGGUUCUUUGUCACGUUUUGAUUAUGAUUAUUAUGGAUUAUUAUUGAUUAUCGGUUGGUUUGUUUUGGUUUUGUGUUCGUUUUUCCAUUAUGGUUAUUAUUAUGAUUACUAUUAUUACUAUGGUUUGGAAUAUUCGUUUCUUAUUGUACAUUUUUUACUACCAUAACCGUAAUUAGUACUCGAUAUAGUGUUAGUUGGUAAGAACGGGAUUUUGACAGAGCAUCCCUCAUUACCCAAGAUUUCCUGUUGUUGAGAUUCUCAAUUGAUAUACCAUUUUAUGCCCUGCAACGGGGAAGGUAACACCGAUUUCACGCCAAAGGGGAGGUCAGGGGUGGGUGAUGAUCUUAGUUCCGACCUCCUGAGAUGAUAAUCAUUGAACAGCGAACCAGGAGCCAGGGCGAACGAGUCCAAGCUAGUUGAAGAGGAUGGCUUAGAUGCUUUGAAUAGGAAGGAUUUUUCAAUUGAAUAAACGAGAGAGAAGGUGUAGAGAGAGAAGAGAAAAAUAAUAAUAAUAAUAAUGAUCAAUCAAGUCAGUGGUCUAACUCAGGGUGGGUUCAGCAUGAGAUUCCUUGUAAGAUGUUUUGUUUCCAUCGUCUUGCCCGGCUCCUCGUUCAACCACCAAACCCAUCCCGUCCCAACACAACUUGUUUCUUGUCCGCUCUAUUCCAACCUCUCUGCUUCUCCUUUUUUAUUAUUAUUCUCCUCUGCCGGCCACAGCGUUUUCUGUUUUUUUUUUCUUUUUUUUUACUUUCUUUUUUGGUUGAUUUGUUUCACGAAUGACGAGAGAACCGUAAGAGGCUAACAAGAGGAAUCGUAUCGAAGAGAUCUGCGAAAGCCCAUGGACGUGGAAUACUCUAAUAAUAAAAAAAAAUCAAAAUAUAAAAACCAAGUACCUCUUUCAUUCAAUUAAAAACAAAGCCUCAGGGGCCAAGACAGCGGUCGAGCGCCGCCGGAGAGCGGGUGUAGAGAGAGAGCGAGAGAGAGAGAGAUAGCACGAGAGCGCGGGCGAUCACGAACGCACGCUGCCUCCGCCACCGCCGCCGUCGCCGCCACCUCGAGUGAAGACGAGAGAGAGAGAGAGAGAGAGAGAGUGAGACACUCUGCCUCAGCGAGAUCCUUCCAAUGGCUCUUCUCCGAAACCUAAUUCCUUUUUUUCACUAAUUAACGUUAUUUUACAGAGGUUCCUGGUGAGCGAAACGUACAGACGUACCAAUGCUGCCCAGAGCCAUAUGUGGACAUAACCUUCAUCAUCAAGAUACGGCGACGCACAAUCUAUUAUUUAUACAAUCUGGUUCUGCCCUGUAUAAUGAUAAGCAGUAUGACUUUGCUUGGCUUCACACUGCCCCCUGACA